AUGGUCUAUGCUGGGGCCAAGCUUGUACUCUCACUGCUGGAUAUCAAUACAGAUGGUACCCCUGACACAGCUAGAGGAGAACGCUCCUUGCCUGCCUGGCGACAACGCCUUGAAAAACGUGUUUGUGCACUGAGGGCUGACGUCUCCCGGCUGACCAGCUUCCUGCGUGAUGGAUCCCUCUCUGACACCAACAUCAAGCAGCACAGGAUCCACCGGCAAUAUAAAGUCCAGACUUUGGACCAGGCCCGCCAGCUACUGGAGCAUACGAAAAUGCAGCUAGAAGCAACAGCCGCACGGAUCCGGCGCUAUAAGCUAGAGGCAACACGCAGGUCGGAGAAUCGUGUUUUCGUCACGAGUGAGCGUCAGUUCUACCGCAAUAUGACCAAGUCUACGGAAAUGCCUGGGCAGCCACCUGUCGACCAGGCUGCUGCGCAUCCAUCGGCUGAGGCUGUUACUGAGUUCUGGUCAUCUAUACUGGAAGAACCCGUGGAGCUGCGUGGCGGUGCUUGGCUUGAUAAUUUCGAGAGGGACUGUGAGGAGAUUCAACAACAAGACCGUGUCAUUCUUCGACUGGAGGACCUCAGGGACAUCUUGAAGAAAUCAAACAACUGGAAAGCCCCAGGACGGGACAAGAUCCAUGCAUUUUGGUGGAAGAAGUUUCCGUCUAUCCACGAGCGUAUUGUGGUCUCCUUUCAAUCAAUCCUGGAUGCAGAGACAGAGUCGCCGGCCUGGUUCUCGUUUGGUAUCACCACUCUACUGCCUAAGAAAGGAGACCUUUCUAGGCCCGAGAAUUAUCGCCCAAUAACAUGCCUGCCAACGAUUAGCAAGAUAUUCACAUCCUUACUCGCUGCUGCCAUGUGGCGCCAUUUAUCCUCAGAGGAUAUCUUUGCAGAUGAGCAAGUUGGCUGUACUCCAGGGCGUGGUGGAUGCCUUGACCAACUAAUGAUCGACAAGAUGGUUCUAGAGGAUGCAGCAUCCCGUAGUCGGAAUCUUUCGACAUGCUGGGUGGACUUCCGCAAAGCCUUCGAUAGCCUGUCUCACCAGUGGAUCCGGAGAUGCCUGUUGAUCUACCGCUUUGCAGACAAUCUUGUCUCAUGCAUCUCAAGCAUGAUGGAUCAUUGGAGAACGCAAAUGGUACUGCCUGGUCAAACACCCCGUGCAUUCAGUCGCCCAAUAUCUAUCCACCGUGGCAUUUUCCAGGGCGAUUCCCUUUCUCCACUGCUAUUUUGCCUGUCUCUAAAUCCGAUCAGUGGCGAGUUGACCAGGACGGGUCUUGGCUACCGCUGUGGCCCACCGGCCCAGGUGUGCCCUGUAUCGCACCUGUGGUACAUGGACGACAUAAAGCUCUUCGCCCGAAACGACAAUAAUCUGCUCUCCAUGACCAAUGUUGUGGAGUCAAUGGGCGACUGCAUUGGUAUGCGAUUCAACCCAUCAAAGUCUAGCUGGCUCACCAUGAAACGGGGAAGAGCCCAGAGCGAUCAGCAGUCUGCUCUCCAGACACUCCAGGGUCACGCCAUUGCUAAGCUGCAGGCGGAGGAGUCCUACAGGUACCUUGGUGUCCCGGAAUCAGCACAUUUUCACGCCACCGAAUUGAAGACCACAGCAAAGGCUGAGUUCGGCCGCCGCCUUCAAUUGAUAUGCUCGUCUCAAUUGAACGCCAGGAACUUGGUCAAAGCCAUCAACACCUUUGCCAUUCCAGUCAUCCUCUACUCUCUGUGCAUCGUUGAGUGGACAAAGGCAGAGAUAGAAGAACUCGACCGACAGACCCGCCAAGCACUGUUUAAAGCACACGCCCGCCACCCCAAGGACUCUGCCGCCAGGGUCCACCUGCCUCGUGACAUGGGUGGUCGAGGAAUUCUAUCAUUCCGGGAUCUCCUGGAUAGAACCCGUGUCCGGGUGGCGCGGUACUUACAAGCCCACCCAAACGUGCCACUGUUGGCUGCUGUUAAGCGCCAUCACGACAAUGAUGUGGCACCGUCAAAAUCAGUUACACGUCAAGCCUCCAGACUUCUGGGUGAACUUGACCUACCCGACUUGGAGACUGCCACAAAAGUCAUUGUCAAGAAGGCCGUUGCUCUCCGGUGCCUGGCCGUUAUCCAAGGUAAGCCUCUCCAUGGCCAGUUCUGGAGACGAGCUUCUGAUGCUGGCUUGGACCUGGGCUUGAGUUUUCGCUGGCUGAAAUCGCCAACGAUCAGGCCUGCGACAGAGGGACUCUUGCUGGCUGUACAGGAUCAGGCCAUUGCGACCAGGCACUAUCAGGUCACGGUGAUUGGACGGGGAGACGUUGUGGACAUUUGUCGAGUUUGCGGCACUCGCGGAGAAACAGUUGAUCACAUUGUGGCCUGUUGCCCAGCCCUAGCCAAAACACUGUAUAUCGAACGGCAUGACACGCUCGUCAAGUUGGUGCAUUGGGCACUAUGCAAGCGGCAUGGUCUAGGUCAGCCGGGAAGCAACCCGCUGAAGCAUCAUCUUGUGCCUGUCACGGAAAAUCCUGAUAUGAAGCUCCUGUGGGAGUUCAAUAUCCCAACGGAUACGCAAGUGCGCCACAACCGUCCAGACCUGGUGUUGCGGUCCAGCACACAGGUGCUGCUGAUGGAUCGCCAUCACAACAAUGAUGUGGCACCGUCAAAAUCAGUUACACGUCAAGCCUCCAGACUUCUGGGUGAACUUGACCUACCCGACUUGGAAACUGCCACAAAAGUCAUUGUCAAGAAAGCCGUUGCUCUCCGGUGCCUGGCCGUUAUCCAAGGUAAGCCUCUCCAUGGCCAGUUCUGGAGACGAGCUUCUGAUGCUGGCUUGGACCUGGGCUUGAGUUUUUGCUGGCUGAAAUCGCCAACGAUCAGGCCUGCGACAGAGGGACUCUUGCUGGCUGUACAGGAUCAGGCCAUUGCGACCAAGCUCUAUCAGGUCACGGUCAUUGGACGGGGAGACGUUGUGGACAUUUGUCGAGUCUGCGGCACUCGCGGAGAAACAGUUGAUCACAUUGUGGCCUGUUGCCCAGCCCUAGCCAAAACACUGUACAUCGAACGGCAUGACACGCUAGUCAAGUUGGUGCAUUGGGCACUAUGCAAGCGGCAUGGUCUGGGUCGGCCGGGAAGCAACCCGCUGAAGCAUCAUCUUGUGCCUGUCACGGAAAAUUUUGACAUGAAGCUCCUGUGGGAGUUCAAUAUCCCAACGGAUACGCAAGUGCGCCACAACCGUCCAGACCUGGUGUUGCGGUCCAGCACACAGGUGCUGCUGAUGGAUGUCAGUGUUCCAUUGGACCAGAAUGUGCCCAAAAAAAACCCCGAAAAAUAA